UUUUUAAAAUAUCACAUUUAUUGUAUUGUUAGAUCUGACAAAGGUUCAUUUAAUUUUUAGCGAAAGUGUAAUUUUCAUUUUUAUUUCAGUGCCCUAAUAGUCACGUUUACAUAGUCUUCCUUUCAUAAGCUUUGAAGUAGGGGCCCUACUCUACAUAACAUUUGACACAUACAUAAGGAGUGUUUGAGCUCAUAUUAUUUAAUACACCUGGGGUAACUUAAAUCCUCAUGAUCCACUUAUGAUGGAUAGGUUUGGUGCCCAACAGUUGAGCCGCUUGAGCAUAUCUCAGUCCACUCAGUGUGUGAGAGAUGUCUUCUUGCAAGUCGUUAGUCCAUCGGCCUCUGAAGCAGAGCAGCAUGACUUGCAGACUGUACGUCUCCACUACCUGUGCUGCAGCGGAUCAUCAUCAAUCAUAAUAUAGCGUGGCCUUUGUUCCUGGUGGGUGUAACCCACAGACUGUCGCGUAGACUCUUGUCUGGUGAAGGGGUGUGCACGUGUGGGCGGGUACGUACCGACGUCACCACUUGGUCCUUGCUGUCAACGCCAAAAUAAAAACGAGUAAAAAAAACAAAAAACUUUUCAAGUAGACUCAUGACAGCGGGGAAUCGGGGAAAGCCUCUCUUCUCCGGGCUGUAAUGGUUGUUCUGCCGCGGCGUUGUUGGUGUAGCAGCGGAGGUUGUUUUUCUUCUUCCCUGAGCUCGCACGGGGAAAGCCUGCGGGCUGCCUCCGAUUAGCAGACUUGCUAGCUAACGUCAAGUUGGAAGAAAGUGGAGAAGACACGGGGCGAACGGGGAGCUCAUCCGCCUACACAGACGUAUGCGACGGAUAGCAGGGUCACGGUUUGCUGACAGCAGCAGGAUAGUCCAGCGGACCAAGGUCGGACGAGGAUGGCAGAGCACCUCUCCCGUCCGACCUGUCAGCCGCAGUGAGGAGGCUCCGUGCGCUGCUCCUUCCCAUGGGGCGCUAUGAACCAGCCUGCCAGGUGAGUGAUGGAGAUGAGAGAGUUGACCGUGGUAGCUGGUAGCUUUGUGGGUUUCCAGCUUCUCUUCUCAGUGGCCAGCCCGCCGCUCUCCUCCGCCAUUACCCCAGGUUAUGGACGGCUGCCUCCCACCAAGCUCACUGAAUGGAACUCCAGGUUAGUGUCCACAGUGCACGCGUUGAUUGUGGGCUUGUUCUGUUUGUACAUCCUGUGGUACGAUGACGCAGUCAACGCCAACCCUGUCUGGGGUGACCCCAGUCUCGUCAAACUAAAUGUAGCCAUAACCUGUGGUUACCUCCUAUAUGACCUGGUGCUGCUAGCGUGUAAUUGGAGCACUAUGGGGGACAGCUUUUUCGUUUGCCACCACUUGGCGGCGCUCUAUGCUUACGGAUAUGUUUUGACCCGUGGUGUCCUUCCCUACUUUGCCAAUUUCCGUCUCAUUUCUGAGCUAUCCACACCAUUUGUGAACCAAAGGUGGUUCUUCGAGGCAUUAAAGUACCCACGCUCACACCGGUUGGUGGUAUUAAAUGGCGUUGCUAUGGCUGUGGUGUUCUUCCUGGUGCGCAUUGCAGUCAUGCCAUCCUACUGGGCCAGUGUAUUUGCCACUUUUGGCACUCCGGAGUUUGAGCGGCUGGGCUUGGGUGCCCAGGUGGCAUGGAUCACCUCCUGCAUUGCCCUGGAUGUCUUGAACAUUAUUUGGAUGUACAAAAUCACUCGAGGCUGCUACAAGGUCCUGACUGGGAGAGGAGGGCGAAAGGUCAAGGUAGAAGCAGAGGCGUCAUCUUCCUUAGAUAAGAAGCACACAAACAACCAUACAGACUGAGGAGAUGUAGAGCAGAGGAUUUGUAGACACAGACAAUAAGCAUGGAGGGAGGCUGGACAACCAGGAACCUCGCUCUUUUACUAAAGCCUCAGCGUCCCUCUCACCCUCAAUCUCAGCCCCUGAUCUUCUUGAAGUCAGCUAGUGGCCUGGGCUAAGAGUCCUCAGGUUCUCACCCUGGCACAGGACAAGCACCAGCGUUUGCAACCUUUUUCACUGACAGAUUAGUAUCCUGCUGGGUGAUAGCUUUCAGACGACAAGGUAGAGCUCAAAAGCACACUUUUAACUCUGUCUGUUACUUCUGUCACUACCACCAAUCCUCUGUCAUCCCCCCCACAGCCUGCUCUCACACUCAACUUCAGCCAAAGCCCAAUCCUCUGAAGUGCCUGUGGGAGGGGGCGUGAGGGGAAGGAAAAAAAACAGGAAAGCAAUAACAGUAGAGGAGCAUAUCGCCCAUUACAUUACUGCUUAGCCCCUUCAAAAACAACAAAACAACCAUCUCACUCACUUUUGCUCCUGAACAACUCGAGGCUUCUUCUUCUUCAUCAUUCUCCGUCCACACUCGUGGCCUGCAGUGUGAUUAAUUCACCCGUCAGACCCGCACGGUGUUUGUGAAUCUAUAGGGCUCUUGUCUUAAACUCAUCAAACCUCACAAAAAAAGAGACAGGAAAAAAAAAAACCACCAUGAAUGCCUCUUCUACAGUAUCACCUGCUGUGGCCUCCUCGUAACAAGUGGCACCUACCUGUAUCACCAGCCAUGCCCCUCCAGCCUCGUUAUCAUUUGGAGUUUCUAUGUAAAACACAGAAUAUGCAUGCAGGAGAGACAGAGACUCACUCUCUUACACCUUUUGCUCCUAACAGGACAGUUUUGCCUUUUCAGUAUUCUUCGUGAUGGCUUUUUUUUUUUUUUUUUAAUUUAACACUUUAAUUUAACACUUGUCAUUAGCAGUCAAAGGAAUAUCAUUUCCAUUGCAACCCUCUGCCUCACUGGGAACGGGCUCCAUGAUCGAGCUCCAGUGUUUUCGUUCUACCUCUCCCCCUGCCUUACAAAAGAGUCUGUCGAUCCCGUCCUCAUGAAUUAAUCAGCUGUUUAUUUUUUUUCCCUGUUAAAAAAGGAAAAAAAAUGUUUUUAUCCUUCAAGACUUCAUCUGUGUCAACAUUACUGGCUCAGAGGGACUUCUCCCUCUGUCUUCAGAGCUUAUCCCAGCCAGUGCAGUGCAGCAGAGCAGCUUCGCUAAACUGCUUCUAAUCGUGUCUUUUUGGUUUUUGGUUUUUUUUUUUUAUAGUCGGACGCCCCCCAACCCCCCAAAAAACCUCUCCUGCUUCUCCACCCUGUUUUCAGUGACUCUAAUAGUGGAAAGGAGUCAGAAGACUUACCCACAUUCACUUGUUCCACUUGUUUGCACAUGCACUGCAUAGCGUGCAAUCUUACACACUGUAUUCAGUGCCCUUUUUUUUAAACACCAUGGUGGUGCUUGUCCUUUUUGCAGAAUCUGAGCAAUAGGAAUGGUAGCAAUAUGCCAUUUUAUUAUUUACACUAGUUUUUUCAAAAAUUUUCAGGCAGAUAAGAACAUGAAUUUCGAUGGACCGGUCUGCGACAACAGAAAGCAACGUGGCAAUCUGCAUGAUUUACUUUACUGUAUAAAAUGUAUCCUCACUGUUAGAGCAUGGUACGAUUCACAUAUUUCUGUGACGCCUUAGUGAAUAGGUAAAUAGAUGACUAACAUCUAAAUAUUCAGUGCAUUAAUCUAAUGCUAAAGAGGUUGGGUGGGGCUGGGCUGGGUAUCUUCCAAAAUGUGUUGUCCUCUCAGAGCAUACUCAAAGCAUGUACUACUUGUAUUUUUUGAUUGUUUCCCCUCAACCUGCAUGUCUGUACAGUGUAUACGCAUACAGUAGGUAAGUUGUGCGUACUGUAUGGCUAAGUCACUAGAUGUUACCACACUUUCCGUAGGCCAGUUGGCAUUACUCGGAUUUACAGAUUCAUCAGUUCUUCUGUCAGCAGAUUCUUAACAGCUGAUUUCAUGACAGACAGAAACGCAGCAGAUGUUUCAGGUUUGGGAUUUUUCUUUUUAUAACAAAUCUUGAAAUAACAGGUUGCAGGUUUGUACUUUCUUCACUUGAAAUUUUUUAUUUAAACUUGAGCUGCGUUCACAUCCAAAAAUUACUGACAGUAACUAGAUACCCCUAAAAAUCUGCAAGAAAAUGUAAUUUAAUUCAUUUUCCAUCCUUGCACAAGUUAAACUCAACAAUAAUUAUAUAGCGUUUAAAUAAAACCUUUUCUCUUUUAGCCUCAGACCCCCCUCCUUCCUGCAAACGCUACCUGCACAGACACACUAUGAAGUGUUAUACUAGUGGAUUUCUCCUUCGAGUCUUUGUCUCGUUGGAUCAAUGUUUAAAAUAGUCUGAGAAUCUCUGCUGCUGUUUUCACUGUGGAAAUAUAAAGCACAUUCCCCGUGGGGCUGUGACUCUCCUGUCUUUCUGUCUGUCACCGCUAAGGAGGGGCUACAGUAUCUUGUGCCUUUUUAGACAAACGAUGGAUGUGAUGCAGUCAGAUUUGAAUUAGCAUGAACUUUCUAAUGUAAUAUCCAGUGAUUAUCUCCUCUAUAUUCCUUAUGUAUACUCUGUGUAUAUAUAUUUUUAUAACCUGCCUGCACAAUGAUUAAUCCGGCCAAGUAUUAUAAUCCCAAAGCCGAUCCCAGCAGGGGAGCCCGUUUUUUGGGCGGGGUAUAUAUCUGAAUGUUGCGAAAGGUUAUUUAGUGGCAUUGAAAUGAUCUUUGCAUAUGUCAAAAAUGAAGAUAACGGAAAUCUUUUUGUUUUGUUUUGUUUUUUUAAACACAAGUUCUUUAAGCUGUACACCUAGUGGACGGGAAGGCUAGUGUCUCAUUUCUCCAGCCUCCUGAAAUCAAAGCUGUGAAUAUUCAGUCGAAACUACCGAGCACGGGAGACUUUACUGAGACUGGGCCGAGCAGUGAUGCUGAUACGCUUCUUGUUGUAGCGUAUUGCUCUUUUUGGAUGAGUUUAGACUGAGACUGCUCUCUGGCACAUGUCUCAUGCACAAUGUAAAAAGGACACAGAUGGGAUGUUUGUUGUGUGACUCUUUUGCGAACUGGACAAAGAGAGUUUUUGUACCUGUCAGGGUUUUUCUACAGAAUAUAUUUCAAGAUCUCUGUCGCACACUUUGGGGCUUUUUGGAAAGAGACAGUGAAUGGAAUGAUACAAGGCUGUGGUCUGUAUUCUGUACUAAUUAUUUUAUUUGUUUACAACAGCCAGAUUGCCACUAUUUGUUAUGGCAUUUCAUAAAGAGAAAUUGCUUAGCUGUAUGUAUAUUUAUCAAAAAGUUAGCAAAAACCAUCCUGUGAUCAAACUCUUUGAUAUAUUUGGAACAAAAUUGCAAGUUUGGAAUUGAACCUCCACCAGUUUGCCUGGAAUGCGGUUAGGUUGUUUUGCCACAUGCUCAACAAGCAUAUGUUGAAAUGAAAUACACUUUGGCCUUACAGCUGAGUUUUUCUAUUGGGGUCUCAAAAUAGACAAAAAUUUAGACAAAAAGAAUGCUGAUAUUAAAUGGGUUGCUUCUGAGCUGGUGGAAGCUGUAUGCUAUACUUCAGUUUCUCUCAAGGUUAUUUACGGUACGAGACGAAACAUUUUUCCUUUUAGUUUUGUCGUUCUCUGUUUUCUGGUUGUACAAUAAAAUAUAAUCGGUUGAAUCUGGAAGGUAAAGUUCAGUGAUGAUCAUGUCUCUUUUUUUCCCCCCUUUUUCUCCUGUGAA